CAACGCCGGUGACAAGGCCGGUGACAACGCCGGUGACAACGCCUCCUCGGCUGUCCGGGGAUGAGGAAGUGAAGACGGAGGAUGACCCUGCAAGACAGGCACAGAUGGAGGCGGGCGUGAUGGAGCGAGUGUGGAGCCUGCGCAAGGCCGGGUUGUGGGCACCGCAGCGUCUGCCCCGCGUGGCCGACCCUCCACGUCCACGCGCACACUGGGACUGCCUGCUGCAGGAGAUGGAGUGGAUGGCUGAGGACUUUGCCCAGGAGCGACGAUGGAAGAUCGCUGCGGCCAAGACGCUGUGCGUGUCGGUGUCUCGCCACGUGCAGCGCGAGGCGGCCAGGAGGCUGCGCGAGGAGUCGCGGCGCGGUGCGGCGCUGCGGAGACUCGCUCGACACGCAGCCAGCGCCGUGACGCAGUUCUGGGGAAACAUGUGGCGGGUACGCUGACGUUGAGGGAAAACAAGUGAGCCGAUGAGAGCGACGUCGACGUUGCCGGUGGUGGCGGCUGUGGCCGCAG